GAGUGUACUUCCUGUGUCGCCCUCUCAUUUCAGCCGCGAGAACAGCAUGUCUGUAACGCGGGUUGAGGAUGCGAUCGGCCAGGUGGUGCUCCCCGGAGAUGUGCUGUUACUCGCUGCUCGGUCUGAGGAGGGCCUGUUGUCUCUGUCCGGCUCUUCACAACCUGGCAGGGUCAAGGUGGUGUGCGGCCCUGGGCUCCUGAGGCGAGGUGAUGAUCUCCAGGUCAGCAAGUGUGGGCUGCUCAGGCACAAGGAGCCUGCUGUCUACUGGGUAGACUCGCAGCAGAAAAGGUAUGUGCCAGUCAAGGGUGACCAUGUCAUUGGCAUUGUGACGGCGAAAUCAGGAGAUAUCUUCAAAUUGGAUGUUGGCAGUAGCGAGCAAGCUUUGUUAUCGUUCUUGGCAUUUGAAGGCGCAACCAAAAAAAACAGGCCAAACGUAAAGGUUGGAGAUCUUGUGUAUGGGCAAUUCAUCGUUGCCAAUAAAGACAUGGAACCAGAAUUGGCGUGUAUAGAUAGUUCAGGAAAAGCCAACGGGAAGGGCGUCAUUGGACAAGAUGGGUUCAUGUUUAAAGUCUCUUUGGGUUUAGUAAGAAAACUACUGACACCACAAAAUGAUAUCAUUCAAGAGUUGAUGAAUGUCUUCCCAUUGGAGAUUGUUGUCGGCAUGAAUGGGCGAAUAUGGGCAAAAGCGAAAACCACCCAACAGACAUUAAUUAUUGCUAGUCUGCUAGAGGCCUGUGAAUAUUUAACAGCUGCACAGAGGAAGCAAGUCUUUGAAAAAUUUUCUAAUGUAUUGUAAAAAAAAAACCCCAUAUAAACAAACCAGGAUUAAUCAAGAACCACCACCAUUACCUGGAACCUUCAUUUCUGGAUUGAGAAGCACUGGUGUGGGUUCAGCAGAAGAUUAUAGCAGAAACUUUUUUUUAAAUGUUUACAGUGUAAAGUUCUCUGCAUUGUCAUGGGGUGAAUUAAACAUGCAUUAUCUGGACUAUCUCAAUGAAAAACUAAACCACAAAAUUUGCAUAGCACAAAGCUGAAAAAGUGCUAUGUGUUUCAAACUUGCCGCAUCUUAGAAUAGAAAAAUGUGGUUUAGAGCCUUUUAAUAAAGCCAUAUUUUUGUUACUA